AGCGCAGCAGAUUCAGGCUCUGCAGGCUUCUAGGCAAGUUGUCAUCCCAUUUGGUGCAAGAAGGUGCUCAUGUUCCUUUUGGAGGAAGAUGGCCUUUUCGGCGAGGAUGACCUUUUCGGCGAGGAUGACACGACCGGAAUCCCGUUCGAAAGCGAGGAGGAGUCUUCCGAACCUGACAUGUCCGAGAGCGAGGCUGAAGAUGUAUCCAAGCGCGGAUCUGCGUUGAAGGACGUCACAAACCUGACCGCCAAGAAGUGCAAAGCGACAGAGGUGUUGAGCAAACACCAUGCAGAAAUUGAGCAGGCGCAGCAGCACAAGUGUCACGCAGAUGCUCGGCUGAUGAGCAGCCAGCGCCAGCGGGACGUCGCCUGCUCGGAGUUGUCCUCGGCGGAGGGCAAGGCGCAGCAGGCGCAGGCCCACCCGACAGCAAUGACGCCGUCGCACCAUUUCCGAGUUGGUCAGCGAGUUUUCAUUAAGCCAGGCCAUCUCGUUCAUUUGUUCCACUUCGCCGACUCAGAAUGGCAAGUUGAGAGCAUCAGCGGGGAUGAGUGCCAAAUUAAGUGCUACGACGUUCAACUUUGGGUGCGAGCGGAUUCUUUGCGCGCCUGCCCCAUGAAAGACGACCGGGUGCUCGUCGGUGGCUUUCUUGGUCUUCCCCUCCCUCAGCCAGCUGAAGGCGUUGUCACUCAAAGGCAAUCCAACACUUCCUCGCAGGUGCGAUUCAAUGAUGGGAGAAUCUACGUAAUUCCUCACAACUGCAUUCAGCUCAAGGACCAAACCCAGCCAGAUGCUGGAUCCGACGAAGGUUCUGAAGAGCUUUUGGGCUUCAAGCGCCGAGCGCGAGUUCGUGACCAGCAAGGCCGCCCAGGCAUCGUAGACGGCCUCUGCACCCAGUGUCCAGGAGGUCUGAAAGUGCUGUUCACUGGAUCGAACUUUCAGCAGACCCCCCAGUGCGCGGCUGCAGCUGAUUUGACUUCAGAGCAGGCGUGGUGGGAGCGGCAGGCCGAGCGUGUGCGGGGCACGCUGGCGACUGCAGAGGCGGCGCUGGAUGGGGCGCGGGCCACUGCAGCUGCCAGCGGCGAGCGCUUCUUUGGGCUCUUGGGGCAAAGUCCGCAAUUUGAGAAGUCACUUCGGAGCGCCACCUCUGCUUUGACCAAGGCCACGAAAGGAGCAGUUCCGAUUCAGCUAGUGAAGGGUGUAAAGUUCAAGGGCAAAGUGUUGCCCAAGUCAUGGCGCGACAUCGCCAAGCACGUGGACCUUGAGUGGGCAGUGGGUGUCAAGGAGGAGACCACCAGCCUACUGCCACUGGCAGACUGCCGAGGCCUGGCGCGCUCUGUGGUGCAAAACCGCUUUCCUGGUGCUCACAUCAUCUCUGCCAAGCGGAAGGCCAAGAACGGGAAGAACGGGAAGAACGGGAAGAGUGGCUUGGUGGUGACACGCAGCGUGGCCAAGAGCAUCCUGAAGCACAUCAAGGCGGAGCCCCCGAGGCCCUUGGCCAGCGUGGCCCUGCUGAGAGCAGCGCUUGGCGCCCUGGAGGAAGUCAUACUGGAUGCACGGAUCCAGGAGUUCUUCGAUGGCCCUGAGAUGGGCAUCAUCCGCGCCAAGGAGGUUCCGCCUCCUGAGCGGCUGGCGGGGUGCCUGAGACCCUACCAGCUCACAGGCUACCAUUGGCUGGUGAACAACGCACGGAACGGCCUGGGGUGCAUCUUGGCAGAUGACAUGGGCCUGGGCAAGACUCUGCAGGCCAUCUCGCUCCUUCUCUACAUGAAGCAGAACGGCCUGUUGGAGCGGCCCAUGCUCGUGGUGGUUCCCAAGGGCGUGCUCACGACCUGGUCGCGUGAGCUGGCACAUUGGGCGGGCGACGAGCUCUCGGUGCACGUGUAUUUCGGAAAUAAGCGAUGCCUCCCGCACAUGGCGGCGCCUGCUGUCCCUGAGCCCUUGCGCCGCCGUGCCAGGGGCAAGCAGCCGGAGCCAGAGUUGCCAGCGCCAAAGCCAAGGAAGCGCAAGGCGGCAGCGGCCGUGUCCACGGCGGAUGUGUUCCUGACAUCCUACGGGGUGUGCCGCUCAGAUGCUGCGCGGCUGGCCUGCCCCGACACAUUCGGUGGAAUGAUCCUGGACGAAGCGCAGCAGAUCAAGAAUUACAAUUCACAAAUUUCGAAAGCAGUGAAGAUGGUCGCAGAGCAGGUCGGUCCAGUGCGGGUGGCAUUGACUGGUACCCCAGUAGAGAAUCGCAUGGCGGACCUGCACAGCCAGUUUGAGUUCAUCCUCCCAGGGUAUCUGGCUUCUUCCCGGCAGGAGUUCGAGAAGGAUUUCGGGAAGCCGCUUGCGGCUGUGGCCAAGGGAGCUCAACACCCUGCCUACUUCGAGCAACAGACCCUGCUCCGACGCAUUGUCGCGCCCUUCAUCCUGCGACGCAGCAAGACGGAUCCCAAGGUCGCAGGAGACCUUCCGCCGAAGAUCGAGCAGACGCACGAGUGCGAGCUCAGCACUGCGCAGCAGAAGCUGUACCUGCAGGCGCAGGAGGCGUUUCAGGACCUUCCGUCGCGGGACGACAAGUUCAGGCGAUGUGGCCACAUCCUGAAGAUGCUGCAGGCAUUCCGGGAGAUUUGCAAUCACCCGGCCUGCCUGGCCGACAGCCGGCGACCGGAGCAGGUGCACGUGAAGCCGACGGAGGUGGAGGCUAGCGGAAAGUGCUCCAAGUUGCAGGAGCUGUUGACCACGAUCUUCGAAUCUGGCGAGAAGGCGCUGAUCUUCAGCAACUCCCUGGUGGCCAUCGACAUGCUCUGCGCGCAGAUUCGCGGGCGCUUCAAUUGCGAGCCGCUGAAAAUUGUGGGCAGCAUGAGCACGGAGCAGCGUGAGGCUGCGAUGAGCGCCUUUCAGACCAAUCCUGCCUGCCCGCUCAUCAUCCUUUCCCUGCAGGCCGGUGGUGUGGGCCUAACCCUCACGGCAGCGACGCAUGUCAUCCACUUUGACAGGCAGUACAAUCCUGCCAAGGAGAACCAGGCAGCACACAGUCCCGAUGUUUGGUUACAAAGUGCGAUGUGGGAGCUCCUGGCAGGCAACAGAUCGAGCUCACCGCAUUGGUCAAAAGAAGACGGUGUGUGUGCAUCGCCUUGUGAGCAAGGACACCUUUGAGGAGCGGCUCGGGCAGAUCAUGGAGCAGAAGCAGCGCCUCUCUGAUCUCACCAUGGCAGGAGGCCAGGAAGGCUGGAUUGCAGACCUGGACGAUCGUCAGCUGCGCGAUCUUUUUUCGUUGAAGAGUUCGUAAGCCAAGGGCUGACCGCCAGAUUUCGUCAGCUGGAGAAAGAUGGCAUCAGUUUCUGGCCUCCGGGUAGGGGGUACCCCGGUCGUUGGCCUUAGGGCCUAGGCAUCUGGCUCUGCGGUUGUAAACUCA